AUGACAAUGCCAGUGGUCAAAGUGGAAAAAGACUCUCCGGCAGACACCAGCUUGUCUGCCUCCAACCCUCCUCCACAGACAGAGGAGCAGCCCAGAGGACGCAGGAGGAAGAGACCCGUACAGCGAGGGAAACCACCGUACAGCUACAUCGCACUCAUCUCCAUGGCCAUCGCCAACUCCCCUGACCGUAAACUGACUUUGGGCGGCAUCUACAAGUUCAUCAUGGAGCGCUUCCCUUUCUACAGAGACAACUCAAAGAAAUGGCAGAACUCCAUACGCCACAACUUGACUCUCAAUGAUUGCUUCAUCAAGAUCCCUCGAGAGCCAGGUCGACCGGGGAAGGGCAACUACUGGGCUUUGGACCCAAAUGCAGAGGACAUGUUUGAGAGCGGCAGCUUCCUGAGACGCCGGAAGAGGUUCAAGCGCUGUGAUUUCAGCACAUACAACUCGUAUGUCCAUGAGGCGCCGGUUUUCUCCCCUGUCCAGAUUGCCAGAUCAGCAGCAUACGCCAACACCGUCUACCCCAACAUGACGGUGAGUCCCACAUAUGGGCAGCAGUUGCCAUCAGCCUACUACCCCUCUACUUCCCCGCCUGGGUUCGCCCCUGGUCAGGCCCGCAUGUUUAGCAUCAACAACCUCAUAGGACACUCAACUUCAGCCAGCAUGCUGGGAGGUCAAGGGUCAGAGGUGAUGCAGCAGCCCGGGAGAAGCUUCAGUCCUGAGGGACUUCCAAAUGGAUCCAGUCCCUGCAGCCUGGGAGCUCCUGCUUUCCAUAGCCAACCAUGCGGAGGGGCUGUGUCAUCCCGAUCCUCCACCCAUCCUGGGUUCACCUACUCCAAUCUGAACAGCAACCCACAUCACCAUCACCCCCACCAGGGCUCAUAUGCACAGAACCAUGCCCAGGGGUAUGUAGCAACAGGACGCCUCCAUUCCUCUGUUCACGGGUCUGCAGAGCCCGUGGACCAUUACGACAGGGUCUCCCCUGUGCAGCUGGGCUCAUUCCCCCAGUAUAACAGCGCUGCGGGUCCUAUCCCCAGCACAGGGGGCUACCUGAGACAUCCCACUUACCCUGGGAACAUGGACAGGUUUGUGUCUGCCAUCUGAGCUGUUUCAAAUCUUGAUCAGAGUAUCUCACUCCCGUCUUAAACAGAUGUCAUCACACAAACAGGGUUUUUCUUCUGUUAAUAUUUUUAAGGACAGAACUGAACAGAUCUAUUGAAAACCUGACAACACUGUGAUUUAAUGACCUUACCCUUCAUAACACUUUCUACACUUCUGGUGAACUAAACUUUGAAUAGGGAUUGAAAUGUAGAUAAGAAUAAUCUACUGUAUGUGGUUUAAUACCUUUUUUUUGGAGUGAAUUGAAUGUGUAAGUUUCACAUGUAAAUUACCGGUGAGUUUAAGUGGCAGACUUUGAAUUUUUUGUUUUAAAUUAUUGUUUUUUUGUGUCAUAGGCUUUGCAAAAGUGGCUUGUAUGAAGAACGUCAGCUUGAGUGCAUUUGCAUGUAUUU